AACAGAAGAGAUGUCUAAAUGAAAGCCCCCUUAACCUCUAUUAAAGUUUGGAUUUAGUUGAAUGUUAAUUUCAUUUUUGGUUUCUAUCAAUUUACUAUGGAAAAGGAAUCGACUCUAGCAAAAUAUAUCAAGGAAGCUGAAGAUGCUCUAGUUCAAAUAGACUAUUUAACUAAAGAGACUGAGAAGCUUAAAAGGGCAGCUGCUUUGGGAACUUUUGAAGCUUUUGAUCCAGAAGUUGUUGAACUCGCAGCUAAGAACACCAAGCUAAGGCACCGUUUGGCAAUUUUGAAUAGAGCUGCAUUAGCUAUUGGAAAGAUGUCUAAACCCCCAGUUACUAUGGAGGUUGGACUAGAAAGCAUCCUUCAAAUUCUGCAGAAUAUAUUUUCCAAUGCAAUAGAAGCUGCUUGUCCUGAUAUUAGAAAUAUACCUCCAGUUGAUAUUGCUUUAUCAGGAGCGAAUCCCAAGUUUGGUGAUUACCAAUGUAAUUCAGCUAUGAGUUUGGCGAAUCUCUACAAACAACUUGGCCAAAAGCUUUCCCCGCGAGAUAUCAGCACUAAAAUCAUCCAGAAUGUCGCUCCUCAUGAUCUCAUAGCUAAGCUUGAAGUGGCAGGUCCUGGUUUUAUAAACAUAUUUUUAAGCAAGCGUUAUGUGCUGAGAGCGAUUUCUUCAAUUUUUGAGGAAGGCGUAAAACCGCCCACUCUUCCAAAGAAGCAAAAGGUUUUGGUCGAUUUUUCUUCCCCCAAUAUCGCCAAGGAGAUGCAUGUUGGGCAUUUGCGAUCAACCGUUAUUGGCGACAGCAUUUGCCGCCUAUUGGAAUACUUAGGCCAUGAUGUAUUGCGAAUUAACCACGUAGGCGACUGGGGAACGCAAUUUGGAAUGUUAAUAGCCCAUCUGCAAGACAAAUUCCCCAACUAUUUGGUGGAAUCGCCCCCAAUUAGUGAUCUUCAGGCCUUUUACAAAGAAUCGAAGAAAAGGUUUGAUGAAGAAGAAGAUUUCAAAAAGCGCGCAUACGCCAGUGUCGUCAAGCUGCAGUCAUUCGAUCCUGACCAUGUAAAGGCGUGGAAACUAAUUUGCGAUGUAUCGCGGCAAGAAUUUCAAAAAAUCUAUGAUCGACUUGAAAUCAGCGUUGUUGAAAGGGGCGAAUCCUUCUACCAAACCCGCAUGGAAAAGAUUGUCAAAGAUUUGCAGUUGGCGGGUUAUCUCGAAGAAGACGAUGGCCGAAAAGUUAUGUGGGGAGAUUCCGGCACCAUUCCGCUAACAGUAGUAAAGUCUGAUGGAGGGUUUACAUACGACACCUCAGAUAUGGCAGCUCUGAAGCAACGCCUGGAGGAAGAGAAAGCUGACUGGAUCAUUUAUGUUACCGAUGCAGGACAAGCGACGCACUUCCAAACCAUCUUUGCCUGUGCCAGGAAGGCGAAAAUCUUAAACCCUCAAAUUCACAGGGUUGACCAUGUGGGCUUCGGCGUGGUACUUGGCGAAGAUAAAAAGAAGUUCAAAACCAGAUCAGGCGACACCGUGCGUUUGAUUGAUCUGCUGGAUGAAGGUUUGAAACGGUCCUUGGAUAAGUUAAAUGAAAAAGAGCGCGAAAAGGUGCUAUCGCCUGAUGAACUAAAAAAAGCUCAAGAAUCCAUUGCAUUUGGCUGCAUAAAAUAUGCCGAUCUAUCACACAACCGUAAUCACGAGUAUGUUUUUUCAUUUGAUAAAAUGCUGGAAGACAAAGGUAAUACUGCCGUUUAUUUGCUAUAUGCGUACACAAGAAUCAAAUCAAUUGCACGGAAUGUGGAGUUUACUGCUGAAAAAAUCAGGGAAGUGGCUAGUAGUGUUCAGGUUUCGUUAGCGCACGAAAAAGAAUGGAAACUAGCCAAGGUAUUGGUUCGCUUCCCAGACGUUUUGCUUAAAAUGACGGAGGAUCUUUGCUUGCAUCACCUAUGCGAAUUUGUUUAUGAUAUUGCCACCACAUUUACCGAGUUUUACGACUCGUGUUACUGCAUCGAAAGAGACUCUUCAGGCGGAGUGGUCAAAGUAAAUACCGACAGAAUUCUUCUAGCCGAAGCUGCGGCUUUGGUGAUGGAAAGAUGCUUCCAUAUUUUGGGACUUAAGCCCGUCUCCAGGAUGUAAGGCAUUAAGUGAUUCUGUGCAAAGUUUUGUUUACUAUUAAACUUGGAGUUUGAAAAUACUUUCCUGGUCAAUAAGAAUAAUAUCAAACAUC